UAAAAACGAAAUCCUCUGUAAAUAAAUCUUAAAUAGUUAUACUAUUUAAAAAGUGAUAAAAUUUAUUUAUAUAUUGAAGCCGCGCUAUGAGUUUGUAAAGUUUUAGUAUCCUAAAUAGUUGCGGCACUAAGGAAGAUGGACCGAAAAAAACCAAAUUAUUUUAUUUACUUUGCUGCCAUUUGUUUAAAUCUCUCCUGUUUUUCCACCGGAAUCUGCUCCUCCUGGACCUCGCCGCUGAUCCCAAUCUUCGAAAGCAACGACCCCACUAUCAACCCGCUGGACCGGCCGAUCACACCCACCGAAUCCGGUCUGUUGGUAGCCUUGGUAAACCUCGGCGCAUUCGCCGGACCCUGGAUCUGGGGUCUUUUGGUCCAUAAAUUGGGAAAGAAGAAAAGUUUACUGUAUUCUGGACUUCCUACACUGGCUGCUCAUAUUUUAUGCACGAUCGCUACCAAAGUGGAAAUACUGUUCGUAGCGAGGUUUUUAAUGGGGUUAUCGGUGAGUGGGGCAUGGGCUGUGACACCGGGAUACUUAUCAGAAAUCGCUGAGCCAUCUAAUAGGGGGCUACUGAACAGUUUUUCCUUGGGGUCUUCAUGUUUGGGGAUCUUGUGGGGUUAUUUGAUAGGGCCUUUUUUGCCUGUCACGUGGUUUAGUGUGGUGAACGUAAUUCCUUCUGUGGUAUUUUGCGUUACAGUUUACGUGUUUGUGCCCGAGAGUCCGUUCGAUUUGGUUUUGAGGCAUAAGAGUGAGGCUGCCAAGAGGAGUUUGAUGGCUUUGAGGCGCGAUAGUAAUGUUGGAAAGGAGCUGAUGGAAAUCGAGAGGGUAAUAGGGGAUAACUCUAAAGAGAACAGUGGUUUCGCUGAUAUAUUUAAGAACAAGGGGAGCCUUAAUGGGUUUAUUAUUUGUGUGAUUUUAAUGGUUUUUAAUACUUUGACGGGGAUUAUUAUUGUGCUGAGUUAUGCUCAGUCGAUUUUUGAGACUGCGGGUAGUCCAGUAUCACCUGAGUAUUCUGCUAUUUUCAUUGGUGCGGUGGCUUUUGUGGCUACUGUUGCAAACUCUCAGGUUAUAGACCGUUUUGGUAGAAGACCGGUUAUUAUUAUUUCCAGUCUAAUAGUGGCGCUGUCUCAUACUAUUUUAGGUGUUUACUUCUAUUUGCAAAACACAGGGACCGACGUGCAGAACAUUGGCUGGGUACCAAUUACUUCUGUGAUGACGUUCACUUUUUUUCAUCAUUUUGCUUUGGGUUCGGUACCAUUUUUGAUUCUGGGUGAGCUGUUGGCUUCUAAUAUCAAGGCUGUAGCUACUACAGUUUGUACCACGAUUAACUUCGGACUUGGCUUCGCCCUCUCGUUGGUAUAUCCGUAUAUUGUGCAGUAUUUAGGAAUUGCAAAUGCUUUUUUCAUUUUUGCCGUUUCGAUGGUUUGUUGUGCGGUGUUUUGCAUCUUUAAAGUGCCUGAAACUAAAGGCAAAUCUUUUAAGGAAAUUUUCGCUCUUCUUAGUAGGUAGCUGAAAAGUGUUACCACCAAAAGUGCAGGCAACCAUGGAUUAAGAUUUUAAAUAAAUACUGUGUAUUUGUAGGGAUGAACUGUAGCACCGUACAAAUAUGUUCUUAGUAUAUUAUUAAGGGAUGAUUAUUUAUUGUAUAUACUUUUUAAAAUAUCAUAUAUACCAUGUCCAAGCUUUAGUACAUUAUAUUUAUAAAUAAACGCAA